GGGUGCCAUUUCGAGCCAUUUCGCUCGGUAGGUGCCAUGAGACAGCCCGCGGCUGGCCGGCUGUACCGUUGCUGGUGUGUCAGACAGGCCGUCCCGCUCGGCCCGAGUCAUGUCCUUCGUUACUUUGCCGCCCACGCAUGCGGGAGUGCGGCUUUUCUCUGCUCCCUUCUUCGGCAGCGGCGGAGAGCAGCUGUGAGACGUGCAGGACAGGGUUUCGGGCCAUCAGCCGUCCCUUGCGCGCAGCGAACCUUCCCGUGCUGCUCGUGGAUGCUCUCGCAACCGCCUGCGGGUUCGCUCGAUGCUCGGCGACGGCGCCACCAGGCCCUGACCGACGGUACAGCGGAGAGGAGUGUCGGCCGAUGUCAGGUGCCAAGUGCUACGGGAGCUGUCCCCGGUGCAGGCACCGGCGGAGGCCCAGGCGGAGAGGGCGAUGGACCCCUCCGACCACCCACGGGAGCGGCUCGCGAAGCCACACGGGACCCUCUUUCCGCCGCAAAGGCUCGGCGAGGUCUUGGCCGUGCGGUUUUCUCGUCCUGGAAGGUGUGCAGCAUGGGUGAGAUGACCGGUGAUGCGUGCUGUCAACGGCCUGGGAGGACGGCACUCGCGCGCACAGAGGGCCGGCUUGGCUCGCGGCGACGAGCCGCCGGCAGCGUGCUGUGCGGAGCCUCUGCAGCAGCUCCGCCUUGCCCUAUAGCCUGUCUCUUGUAAUGCGUUUCAAGAAGCUCAAGGCUCGCGCCGACGUGCUGUACAUGUCACUUUGAGGUUUCAGAUACAAGGAGCGCGCUCGGCCGCGCGCGCCCCGCCUUGCCCGCAUCGAGCGUGCGCUGGCCGGAGCCGCAUCGCCGCUGCUGCGCGCUGCAGCCUGCAGACAUACAGCGAGAGGCCGGCCCGCAGGCGCCACGCGGAGAAUGGAAGCGGGUGCGGCGCCGAGCAUCUGCAUGCUGCCGGCAGCGCCUGCAGCCCUGCCGAAGGCGAGGCGAGCAUGCACGCGCGGGAGCGGAGAAGGU